AUGAGUUGCAUUCGAUUUGUGGUUACUGCCGCUUCUGCUGCAUCGGCUGUUGUGAUAUUUUUAUGUCUGAUCGCUGUUGGAGUACUUCUUCAGGAUAUCAACAAUCUUUAUGAUGAUGUUAUGGAUGACAUGAAGCAGUUUAAGUCUCUGGCUAAUGAAGCAUGGCGAGACAUGGUACCCCAGUAUGGCGGUGGAUAUUCUCGACGACAACAGUUCGGAACCAUAUUUGGAAGGGCCAAACGUUCCGCAAACGUAAUCUGCGCAUGCGAUGUCACGGCCAGCGCCUGCCCCGCCGGUCCUCCUGGUCCACCUGGCGAACCCGGUGAGCCGGGCGAAGAUGGUCCCGCCGGCGAACCUGGCCGUCCUGGCACUCCCGGUAUCAGCAUCAUUAACACGCACUCACCUACCGGCUGCGUACAGUGCCCAGCGGGACCACCAGGACCACCAGGACCUGAUGGAAUAGAAGGACCGCAGGGCAUGGAAGGACUACCUGGUAUGGCAGGUCGGCCUGGAAUGGACGGCAUGAGAGGACCGCAGGGCCCGCAAGGAGAUCCCGGAGAGGAGGGGCCAAGAGGCUACGAUGGAACACCUGGCAUGCCAGGCAGGAAUGGCAUGCGUGGACGUGGCGCUCCAGGAGCACCUGGAAUGCCAGGAAUGCCGGGAAUGAUUGGCAAUCCGGGAAUGCCCGGAAUGGACGGUGCACCUGGAGAUACUGGAAUGCCCGGAGAAAUGGGUCCUCCAGGAAUGGCGGGUCCGCAAGGACCAGAUGGAAUGCCAGGAAUGCAAGGCGAUGUUGGACUUCCUGGGUCCGAUGCUGCGUAUUGCCCAUGUCCACCAAGAACGUCAGCUGUGGAAGAGAGGGAAAUGAUGCAACCAUACAAGCGAGUCUCAAGGAUAUAA